GCUACUGAGCUCAAUCUGGGCUGUACAUUGAAAUCACCUGAGGAGUCUGAAAAACUGCUCCUGCCUGGGGCUUGCGCCCAGGGCUUCGGAUUGAGUUGGUGCGAGGUGAAUGUCGGAUGUGUACCCAAAAAGGUAAUGUGGAACACAGCUGUGCACUCUGAAUUUAUGCAUGAUCACGCGGACUAUGGCUUUCAAAGUUGUGAGAGCAAAUUCAAUUGGAGUGUGAUAAAGGAGAAGCGGGACGCGUAUGUGAGCCGCCUGAACACGGUCUAUGAAAACAAUCUGACCAAGUCCCGUAUAGAUAUCAUCCAUGGCUUUGCAACCUUCACAUGUGAUCGCACGCCCACCGUGGAGGUCAAUGGGAAGAGAUACACCGCUCCUCACAUCCUGAUUGCCACGGGCGGCGUGCCUACGCUUCCUCCUGAGAGCCAGAUCCCCGGUGCCAGCCUUGGGAUAACCAGCGACGGGUUUUUUCAGCUGGAAGCGUUGCCUAGGCGCAGUGUCAUUGUUGGUGCCGGUUACAUUGCUGUGGAGAUAGCAGGAAUCCUCUCUGCUCUGGGCUCUGAAACGUCAAUAAUGAUACGGCAUGAUAAGGUGCUUAGAACUUUUGAUUCGCUCAUCAGUUCGAACUGCACCGAAGAGCUCGAGCGAGCGGGCGUUGACGUCCUCAGAUACUCACAGAUCAAAGAAGUCAAAAAGACCUCAUCGGGCUUGGAACUGAGCAUGGUCACCUCCGCUCCUGGUAGGAAACCCACUGAAACCUCCAUUCCGGAUGUGGAUUGUUUGCUGUGGGCCAUUGGGCGAGACCCAAAUUCCAGGGGACUUAAUUUAAACAAACUGGGAAUUCAGACGGAUGACAAGGGCCAUAUCAUCGUGGAUGACUUCCAGAAUACCAGCGUCAAAGGGAUCUAUGCGGUUGGCGAUGUGUGCGGAAAGGCGCUUCUUACUCCAGUUGCAAUUGCUGCUGGCCGAAAACUUGCCCAUAGACUUUUUGAAUGCAAACCAGAUUCCAAGUUAGACUAUGACAACAUCCCCACUGUGGUCUUUAGUCACCCCCCGAUUGGAACAGUGGGACUCACAGAAGACCAAGCCAUUCAUAAAUACGGAAAAGAAAAUGUGAAGACCUACUCCACCAUGUUUACCCCCAUGUACCAUGCAGUUACAAAAAGGAAAACAAAAUGUGUGAUGAAAAUGGUUUGUGCCAACAAAGAAGAAAAGGUGGUUGGGAUCCACAUGCAAGGGAUCGGCUGUGAUGAAAUGCUGCAGGGUUUCGCCGUGGCAGUGAAAAUGGGGGCCACCAAGGCCGACUUCGACAACACCGUUGCCAUUCACCCUACCUCAUCUGAGGAGCUGGUCACCCUUCGCUGAAGCCCCCGAGUCUGGCGUGUUGGCCUUUGGACCAGCAGACCUUCUGAAAUGAACCAAAUAAUCCCCCUGCAUUACUGUUCCCAUGUCAUUUUAAUCAUUCACCCCUUCCAGUACACAAUUUCAGUUUAGAGCCUAUUUAUGUAAUUGGCGAUGUGUUUUUUUAUGCCGAAUUCCUUUUCACUUGGUCUCAUCUCAGAGUAAUUAAUAUUCAGUGUAUUGUGGUUUUGUUUUUGUUAAACUGGUCUGUGUUGGCUGUUUUUUUUUUUUCUUUCUUCCUGUUUCAGCUUCAUCCCAUGCAUAAAACUAAAUGAAGUACAAUUAAUGUAUUUGAACAAACAUAGCUUGCAGAGGAUGACAGCAGCUCUUCAUGAUUUAAAUAAUGCAUGUGCACAGAACCUUUUUAUUUUUCUGAAGCCAGUACUGUGCUCUGCAUAUUGCAAAGCUGCUUCAAGGAUGUGACCUUCCUCUAGAAAGUACUUGACAUACAGUAUACCAGACCUGCCUCCAUGUUUUUAUUCUUUCUUUUUUGUCAAAUGAUUACAAGCUGUUUGUGUUAUUUUUAGGAGAUGACGUUUUCAAACUUAGAAAAGUUUCAAAGGGGCUAGUUAAAGAUCCAAUAUGUGGAUAUUUCAGAAAUCACCCCAGCUUUCAGAGAUGGGUGGAGUCAAGUACUUCCAAACUCCCUUCAUGUGCUGAGUGUAUAGUUCCAUGAAUAACUGCGAUGUUUGUGUAAGUUCUUGUCAUUUAAUUUGUUUCUGAAGACUUCCAAAAUUUUAGAAAUAAAUCACAGCCUUUGUAGCUUAUAAAAUUUGCUAUUA